UGUCUAAAAAGAAACAUUUAUAAAAAGCUAGUCCUAUUUAAAACUCUCUUCCUUCACCAAACACAAUCCAAUCCUUUUUGAACCUCUCUCUCUUUCUCAUUUGCUUUUCUUUCUCAACAAUAUCCAUUAUUCUAGCAAUACUGUAACAUACAUCAGAAAACGAAUAAAUUCCAAGUAUUUUGAAAUCAUCAAGUACCCUUUGGAAACUGAUGGCUCCAUCAAGCUGCACAGCAUUGCCUCUGAGCAUCAAGCUUACAAUCACUGUGGCUUUCAUUUUUUCACUCUCAAUUCUACCUCCCAAAUCAGUGGGUUCUGCACAUCCAAGGUAUGGUAGUGAACAGAGUGAUCAUGAAAAGCAGAGUAAAAUGGCGUUGGGAUCAAGGCCUCCAAGGUGUGUGAACAAGUGCUUCAAUUGCAGGCCUUGCAUGGCUACUCUUGUAAUUCCUGUUCACCAAGUGAAGAGCUCGCACACAACAUCUCGUGGGGAAGGGGAAGACGACAGCUAUUAUCUGCUUUCAUGGAAAUGCAGAUGUGGGAAUAAGCUCUUUCAACCAUGAUCAUCUGUCUGGUCUCGCUUCCACACUUCUGUUUAUUCAAUAUGAUAAUUAAAAUAUAAAUGUAUUAAGAACAACCUAAAUGUAAGAUCUCUCCCUCCACCCCACAAAUCGUAUUCCUUUGCUUUAUAAACAUCUCUCUGUGUGUCUCUCUCUAUCUCAUGAUGAUAUUUUUCAUGAACAAAACCAUGGUUAGUAUUCGUACCAUGCAAAACAAAACCGCAUCAAAAGGAAGACCAUGUUUAAAGGUUUCUUUUCCCCAAAUUGGCCAUAAGUCAGU